AUGACCAUCCUUCACAGAUCUCUGUCGGACGAUAUGACAACCAACCCGUCCUGUGAAUCUUUGACCGAUUGCAUCGAAGAGUUGAGAGAAUCAGGAUCUUGUUCAUCCACUUGUCUUAACUUCUGUCUUUCCAUCUGCAAGAUCGUCUCUGCUCCACCUCCAGCGAUUCACCAGGGCCUGGAUCAUAGCAUAAAGAAGAUCAUAAUCAUCACGGCUUGCUCUAUCAUCACAACUCUCUUUCUCCUUACUCUACUCGUUCUCUGUUUCAAGUGGCACAACAUGAGGAGGAGAUCAACAGCGUUAUCAAGAAGCAUAGAUGAAGCUAGGAGUUGGGAUUUUGAUGGACCGGUUAUUGUAGAUCAUCCGGUUUGGCAUAUCAGAACCGUUGGUUUGAAUCCAACGGUUAUAAGUUCGAUCAAAGUGUGUAAGUAUAGUGAAAAAGAUGGUGUUGUGGAAGGAACUGAUUGUUCGGUUUGUUUAAGUGAGUUUGAAGAAGAUGAGAUGCUUAGAUUGUUACCAAAGUGUAGACAUGCUUUUCAUCUCUCUUGUAUUGAUACUUGGCUUAGAUCACACACCAAUUGUCCUCUUUGUCGUGCACCUAUUGUAAAUGAUGAUGAUGGAGAUGAUAUAGAGGAGACACUUGUGAGUAUAAAUGUAGAUAUCGAUGAAGAAACCGAGAGAGAUGAUGAGGAAGAAGCUGAUGGGUUUGUUGGUAUAGAUAUUAGAGAUGAGGAAGCAGAUAAGUCACAGGAGAGAGUGAGAAGAUCAGUGUCAUUGGAUUCGUUAUCGGGUUUAAGGGUAAGUGAAGUUGUUGUUGCUGGUAGAGGGGAAGAGAAGGUGAAGAGAGGUAAUGUUGUUGGAACUUCUAUUGUUGGGAGGUCAAGUUUCUUGAAGAGAUCUAUCUCUGACAUUGGUAAGUAGUAGGAGCUCUAUACAUGAACAAAAGAAGUAAGUUUCUUGAAGAUACUAUAAGCUUGAGUUCUUGUAGCCAAGAUGGGGAUCACAUAAAUUAUAUGUAUUAAGUUGACACAAAGAAGAAUAUGACUGUGCAUUUUUGUUGUUUAUAAAGCUGCUACUCUUGUACUCAAGUGAAAGAGUUGUCACAGCUUUUGUUUUGCCAUAUAAAUUCACUAGGUUGUAUAUUAAGUUGUUAAGUAUAAGAUACACCAAAAGUUUCAUUUUGAUUGCUACUCUGUUUAUCACCUAAUUCUAUCAAUAGUAUUAUCCAUCAAGGGAGCUAGUAAAC